GAUUUCAUGAUGGAGCUAACGUCUCACCAGACUAGUGUCGGUGGCGUCCUAGAGUACGGCAAUCAAUUGAUUAGUGAAGGACUUGUCAGUGAGAAAGAAGAAAACGAUAUCCGUGAUCAGAUGAUCUCGCUAAAUGAACGCUGGGAAGCUCUCAGAGUGUCGGCCAUGGAGAGACAAACAUCGCUCCACGAAAAACUCAUGAAGCUUCAGCAACAACAGAUCGACCAGCUCGCUGAUUGGUUGGAUAAAGCCGAGGCUAGGAUUGACAAAAGCAGCGGCAUUGGUGCCGAUAUCGAAGCAGUCAGGAAACAAGUCGAAAACCAUAAGUCGUUUCAAGAAGAUCUCGAGAAUCAGCAGCAAAGGGUCAACUCUCUGACACACAUGGUAGUAGUGGUGGAUGACGCAGCGGGAGAAAAUGCCACCGCUGACCUAGAGGAACAGCUGGCUCAACUUGGUGAUCGUUGGUCAUCCGUAUGCCGCUGGACAGAGCAGAGAUGGGUUCUUCUCCAAGAAGUUCUGAACAACUGGCAAGAAUAUCGCGACGAGGAACGCCGUCUAUCAAAAUGGCUGUCAGAGAAAGAGAAUGAGGUUGAUGUAUUAAAACACGUCGACAUGGGAGAUCCAGAAUCCAUUGCGCAUCACCUGCAAAAACUCCUGGAUUUAGAACAAGAAAUGGAAGCUCAGCAAGCCACUUUCGGUACGUUCAACAUGGCGGCUGAACGCGUGGCUGAGCAUCUUGAUGAAGACUCGCCAGGACUGGACAACAUCCAGGAUAAGAUGGAGGAAUUUAAUGAUCAGUGGAAUAAGAUAACUACUGAAGUUGGUAACAGAAUCGCACUGCUAAAAGGUGUAGAGUCCAAACUCCAACCAUUCAAACUCGAGAUCGACGAGAAGACUUAUUGGUUGAACGAAACAGAAAUGACUCUCAAGUCACCAAAGAUGAAUUUUGACAAUGACAAGAUGUCGAGUGAUGAAUUGUCAAGACAGUAUUCAAUAUUAGAGUCUCUCGACGGUGCCAGAAACCAGCGCAAACCGAGCGUCCUGGCCAUCCAGAAAAAGGGAGACGAAAUCAUGGAGCAGAUUCGUUCCCAGGGAACAAUUCCAGUCUCGUUUGAACACAACCUCAAAACCUUCAAUGAACGCUGGGAGACUGUGACUAAAUUAAUAGACGACAAAAAGCACAAGGCGUCCCUCGCGAGGCAGAGGCGAGAGGUUAUGGAUAUAAAUAGUAAAGUAGAGACGAUUAUAAAGGAAGUUGAACGGUUUAUGGACAUGUUGGGGAUAAUGCCUGAUAAUGAGUAUGAGAUCAAAUCACAGUUGGAUCAAUGCAAGCACAAGAUUGACGAUCUUCACAGCAACGAGAGACAUCUUAUCAAACUCAAGGAACUUUCCAGAAAUCUCUCCAAGGAGGACAGACAAACGCCAAUAUUUCAGAUGACAGUCAAGCGACUCGACGACCGCUGGACAACCGUCUCGUCUAAAAUCGAGGAACGUAAACGACAACUUACGUCAUUACUAGAGUCCGGUCCCCCUCAAGAGUAUCUGACGACCAUGGAUACUGUGUUAUUGAGCAUUAARAACGCUGAGACWUCGUUGGGUGGGGAUUUUCAAAUCACUGAAGUUGGUGGACUUGAGGACCAGAUUAGAAGGAAUAAGCAAAUUCAAACCACGCUACAAGAGCAGAAAAGAAACAUCGACUACCUCAACAGCACCUCAGACAAAUUCAUGAAGUCACURCCUCGWCAGAAACUCGAGCARCUGAGAGCCAAACUUACUGACGUCAACAAUAAAUGGAAAGAUGUUAUCAUGGUGAUAGAAAAACGCCAAACGCUUGCGCAGAAAGCUAUCAACCAAAACAACAAGUUCGCUGAUGAAUUAAAGGGUCUGAACAAAUGGAUUGCUGAGGUGAACGAUUUUUUGAAUGACCAGGAACCGGCUGCGGGUGAUCCCGAAACCCUCGAGGCACAGUUGGAUCAGAGUGAGGCACUCCAAAGUGACAUCACAAAGCUGCAACGCAAACUCGAUUCGCUUAAUGAGACCGCGACCUACAUGUUGGCUAAAGCCACGCCUACCUACGCCCAGCGGCUUCACACACAACAAGAUGACGUGACAAACCGAUGGGACGCGUUAGUACGUCACGCACACCGUGUCAAAGACAAUCUCCUGGCUGCUUUGGAGAAAUAYCAAAAACUUAAYCAUGAUAUGAARGARAUGAGUCACUGGAUCACACAGACUGAGAGAUCUAUUGCUGAUGAUGAUAGGGAUAUUGCUAGCGGAGAGAUUACUAAAGAGAAGAUAGACCAUUAUAAGGAUUUACAGCAAGACGUUUCAAAGCGUGCUCCCGUUGUGGUACGCAUCAACACCACAGCCAAUCAGCUUGCUGAUCACACCAAACAAGGCUCCGCUAAACCACUUGUAGAAAGYCUAAAGAAGCUKAACAGUGAUUGGUCCAGRCUUAAAAAYAAG